AUGACAAGUUGGAAUUUUCCAAGUAGAAUUCAGAAAAAAGUAUUGGAAGUUUUAAGUGAGUGGUAUGCUAGUCAUACAUUGAACAGUAUUCGCUGCGAAUGGGAGAAAAAAACAAACCCGUCAUCUUCUCAAAACGUACCGCUAAAUAUAUUAUCAUAUAAUGUUGAAGGUUGGGGAACACGUUCCCUAGAAGUUACUGAUUUAAUUUUUAAAGUCGAUAGUUCAAUAUGCGUGUUUACUGAAGUCGGUCUAUUAUGGGAUAGUUUUAAAGUCCCACAUUUCAAUAGCUUCUACCAGAAAGGAACAAAUAAAAAUGGAGGAGUAAUGAUAGCGAUUGGUAAACAUUUGAAAGCUACUAGAAUUGAAGUUAAUAUUGACAACACUGUUAUUGUGGAUGUUACAGGUCUAACUGAACCAGUAAGAAUCAUAGGAAUAUACUGGGCACAUGACCAAGUUCGCGAUAUGAAGGAUUUAGAUCCCUUUAUUAUUAAAAAUACAAUUAUUUCAGGAGAUUUUAAUGCGACAGUUCAAGAGUGGGGUAGUCCAUCAACGGAUACUCGUGGUAGAAAGUUGAAAAGUUGGACCGAGGAUAAUAAUUUACAAUUUGUUCCAACAACGAUAAAUUCAUCUAAACGCUCAGAGAGAAAUAUAGAUUUAACAUUUACAAAUGUUAAUGGAGUAGAUAGUGCAACGGUCAUAUUUGGUACGAGUGAUCAUUGGCCAGCAGUAGUAACUACGCAUAACAUAGGUUUCCUAACGAAUAAAUUUUUCCCACAAGUAAACUGGAAUAUUUUUCAAGUUUUACUAGUCCUGGUUGAAGAUUUUUGGAUAAAUAAACAAAAGCUGCAGACUCCCGAUCAAUGGUACGAAAAUUAUAUUCGUUUUUUGGCUGCUUUAAAAAAUCGUCUUACUACUUGGAGAGAAAUUGAAAAAUAUCGCCCUGCACUACCUGAUGUUAUUGUGAAAGAACUUCAGCAGAUUAGACGAGUUCGUAACCAAUAUUAUAGAGAAAGAAAAGCAAGAGGAGUGGGCAAUGAUGAAACAAGAGUGUUGCUGAGAGAGAUGACUAGAGAUGUUAGGAAGGAAAUUUCUAAAUAUAAAGCAGCGAGAUGGAAUGAUUUCUUAUCAACUAUUCAAGGUAGUCAUGACAAAAGAGAAAAAAUGUUUUGGUCGCAUCUAGGAAAAAUUUACAAAGCUAAGACUCUGCCAUUUUCAAAACUAAUGGUAGGCAAUAAAGCUCUUUCUGAUGAACAGGAAAUAAUAGAUGCACUUUUUAUGUACUCCGCAGAACAAUCGAAAGCUCCUAAAGUAGAUAAAAAGAACCAACAAGAUGUACAGGUAGCCCUGGAACAUAAGACUAUCAAGGACUUAUUGAGGACCUCAAAGGACUUAGAACUUGAAGCAACCUCAGUUGCUGAAGUGAAAAUACUAAUAAAGAAAAUGAAGGGGAAAAAGUCUUCCGGUUUUGAUGAAAUAUCGAAUCUAAUGAUAAAGAUGCUUCCACCUACAUACAUACAGUGCCUGGUAAAAUGUUUUAACAUUUGGUUAAAGGAGUGUAGGUACCCUAAAAUUUGGAAAACAGCGAAAGUGAUCACGCUGAACAAAUUGAAAGCAGGAGUGCCGCGCUGCGAUCAGACUAGACCGAUUUCCCUUCUCUCAACACACUCCAAGCUUUUUGAAAAAAUUCUUUUGGAGAGAGUUCGACUAUGGGCGGAAGGGAAUAAACUAGUUCCUCAGGAACAGUCUGGGUUUAGGAGCAAAUGUCUUUUACAGACAAGAGCUCUGUCUAUGUUUCAAGAAGUGAAGAACAACCUAGCAGCCAAUGCCCCCACCCUAGCUAUUUAUGUAGACUAUGAAAAGGCCUAUGACCGUGUAUGGCACAUGGGCCUGAUGGUGAAGUUUUUUAGGCUAGGAAUUCCUGUAAGCCUACUCAAGAUGCUAGAAUCGUGGUUGGCGGAUCGAACCGCCCACUUAAGUUUUGGCUCGAAAAAAUCUGAACCAAUAAAGGUUAGGAUAGGCUUGCCUCAAGGAAGCAGUUUAAGCCCCUUUUUAUUCGUAGUCUAUCAUUGCGAUAUAGUCAAGUGUUUUGGAGCACACCCGGGUCAUCUAUUCGCAGAUGACCUGUGUGUGCUCAUCAGACCCCCCCUUCAGAAAUCCCUCAAGGACUUGAUUAAUGAUUUGGAGAUUGAGGGGACGAAAGUGUGCACGAAUAUUACACAAUACUCGAAGCAAUGGAAGCAGCCGUUAAAUAUAAACAAAUGCGUCGGCCAAGUCUUUCAUUCCCAGAUCCGAAGACCCAUAGUGAAUGUUUUUAUGGCUGGACAGAGA